AUGGCUGCUGCCAGGCGGAUAGAAAGUCGAGCUGAUGACGAUGCACGAUUCACGAUGGCUGCACCUACGCAUUGUCAAAGUCCAGCAAGUGACGCGGGCAAGGCAUGUGCGUGCGCAAGCGACUCUGUGUACGCUCUAUGCGUCACGGGCACGAAUCACGAAUCACUUUACCCGAAUCUCAAGUUAGCUGAAUGGCGCCGUACAGAUUCACACAACUAUGCAAGAGUUGCGGAGGAGCGCAGUGUGACAAUUGCAAAGUGUCUAGCUGUGCAACUCGAUCGAAAUGCCACAGUGGCACUCGUAGCUGCCGACGUUGCUCUGCGAUCUGCGGCGAAAGCUACCGUUACAUGUGACAGGAUGCGAGGCUCUCGCCAACAGGCUCUCGAACAAGGCACACUCACGAGUAUUUUUCCGACUCGCCUUGUUUGCUGCCGCUCGGCGAAUCGUGAAUCGCUCCUGCACAUUCAAUUAUGGUCAAUCAGAGCGUUAAGUCACCCCGCUGCGUUUACGCAACUUGGUCUGUCCUCUCGACUCAACAGACGCAGCUCAAAUCCUGCUUCAAGAAGAGUCGCAUCAACACCUGUGACAGAGCACGGAUCACGAAGCCACGAGCCACGAGCCAAAGAGCGCCACUUAGCCGAACUUCUCGCCAAAGCCUUAAUGUCCUUUGCACCUCACCAACGUGACUUUCUUGGGCGCGAUUCACGAUUCACGAUUCACGAUCCACGAUCCACGAUCCACGAUCCACGGUCCACGGUUCGUUCAUCAGAUGCGGCACUCGAUUCCACCAGUCAUGCCGAGACAUUUGUGCACCAAACGGUCAGCAUUUCAAAUUGUGAUCUGUGA